AUGGAACAAACUACUACUCUACAGAGGAAAGCUCUAUGUGAGUUAAUGGAGAAGAAAGAAAAAGAAAGAAAAGAGCUGAAAGUUGUCGAAAGAAAAGUUUAUGAAGAAAAGCAAAGUGCAGAAGAAGAAAUCACUAGAACGAAGCUUAGCUCAAGAGACUACACAUCUGGUAAUGAUUCAGAUGAAUAUGUCUUAGAAUCCAUCGGAGUCAUGACCCAAAUUUUUCUCAAGCCUCAACCUCCAUCGAAUACAACUACAUCUCAGAAUCCUCCUACAGAACCAACUACAUCUUCAUCAAACUCCACGAAUCAACCUUUCAAGGAACAUAAGUCCACAACUAGAUCAUUAUAUUCCUCUGCUAACCUAAAGAUUCUUGAAGCCAAAGUAGAUCUCAUCUUGGAUCAUCUAGCCAAGCCUCACUCGGCUCCAAUUCCUCCAGUAGCUCCAUCAAUCACCUUUGAAGAUCAUGGACAAAAGAAUGGUGCUUUUCUUAACACUGUCGAUAUCAACACAGGCGUCGAUGCCCUCUCUAAGAAUUUCAUUGAAUCCUUUCUCAAUGUUUUCUCCAAGAUUGAUGAAAUGAAGUCAAGGUUUGUGAAUGAGGUCGUGUCGUCUUUCACGAAAGGGGGAGAAGAAACCAACAACUCCCCGAAGGAUGAUGAUGAGAAGAAGAUACCAGAAGGAGCUAUAAUUCAAAACCUAUAUGAUGAUGAAAACUCAUCAAAGAAACAUCACACUCCUCUUAUGUCUCCUCCUAAAAAUCCUAGUCCUCCGAAGUCACAUCCAAAAUCGUCACCUCCAAAAUCCCCACCUAAAGCUCCAACUCUUCCCAUAGAUCUCGGAAAUCAAAAGUUACUGAAGAAUUUGUUCUGA